AAUAGAAUUAAUAUUUUUUAGAAUUUAUUAUUAACAAAAAUGAUUCACGGAUCGGCAGUUUGUCUUUUCUUGUUACUCGCAACACCAUCGUGCCGAUCAUAUGUGCAAAAAAUAUCAUCCAGUGGCUAUAGCAUAAUUCAUAGUAAACCCGAAAUCGAUGUAUUCCCAAGUCAUAUAGAGAAUGCCAUACCUACUGUUUUCGUGAAUACAUCGCCUGCACCAAGUAAUCCAUUUAUGCCAGCCAUGUAUGGUCCCGGUUAUCCCCGAGCCGGACAAGCUUCAUGCGCUGUGCCUCCGCCCGCUUGUCCAAAGUCUCAAUACCGCAGCAUGGAUGGAUCCUGUAAUCAUCUGGAACAGCCACAGUUGGGUAUGGCCAACACAAGAUAUGGACGUUUACUGGCGCCUAAAUACGCUGAUGGAGUUUCAGCCCCAACCAGGUCAAUAACUGGAGAUGAAUUGCCGAAUGCACGGUUGAUUUCUUUAGUCGUGUUUGGAGAAAUGGAUGUACCAGAUCCACAGUUUACAUUAGUUAACAUGCAAUGGGGCCAAGUGAUAACGCACGAUAUGUCUAUGCAAGCUGGAGGCACACAGUCAAGGAAGCAUCCGACACGCUGUUGCACCGAUGAUGGACUUUUAAUUUCAAACGAUUUGCUUCCUAAGACCUGCUUCGCCAUUUUGGUGCCACCCAAUGAUCCCGCAUAUUCUCAAGUUGGCAUUCAGUGUCUGAAUUUUGUUCGGACCUUAACCGAUUUGGAUGCAAACUGCCCAGAUAGGCAGCAACAAGCUGAACAGCUGACGACGGUCACAUCUUAUAUGGAUUUAUCGCUUGUGUACGGAAGUUCAAUACAACAGAAUAGUCAAAUUCGUGAAUUCCGUGGAGGUCGCAUGAUAGUAGAAGAAAGAAACGGAGCGGAAUGGUUGCCAUCGUCCCAAAACGUCACCGCAGAUUGCGAUGCUACUGAUUUGACUGAGGUUUGCUAUCGCGCAGGCGAUAUACGCGUUAAUCAAAAUCCCGGGCUAGCAAUGUUGCAUACGAUUUUGCUUAGAGAACACAAUCGGAUCGCCGAUGGUUUAGCUAAAUUAAACCCGCAUUGGGAUGAUCGCACACUGUUCCAAGAGGCUCGAAAAAUCAACAUUGCUCAAUAUGCACACAUCAGCUAUUAUGAAUGGCUUCCUAUUUUCUUAGGCUACGAAAAUAUGCUUAAGAAUCGCUUGAUUUAUUCCGCACCAAAAACUACUCAUAUUAACGACUAUGAUCCCAGCAUAGAUCCAAGCGUAUUAAAUGGUCAUGCUACUGCUGCUUUUCGAUAUUUCCAUUCACAGAUUGAAGGAAGAUUAGAUUUGAUUUCAGAAAUAAGAUCCGUUGCCGGCGCUUUGCGGUUGAGCGAUUGGUUCAAUCGUCCAGGUAUAAUUGAACUUGGUGACAAUUUUGAUUCAUUAACGCGUGGCCAUGCAACCCAGCCUCAAGAACUAACUGACAUCAACUUUGAUAGAGAAAUAAAACACUAUUUAUUCAGGCGCAACAGACCGUUCGGCAGUGACUUGAGAGCCAUUGACAUACAACGCAAUCGUGACCAUGGUUUAGCAUCUUACAAUGAUUAUAGGGAAUUUUGUGGCUUAAGACGAGCAAACAAUUGGGAAGACUUUACUGACCUAAUUGCUGUCGAAACUGUUGAGAAACUAAAAACUUUAUACGCCAGUCACGAAGAUGUUGAUGUGACCGUGGGUGGCUCAGUAGAAAGACACGUGAUCGGCGCAUUGGCAGGCCCAACCUUUUUAUGCCUCUUAACGGAGCAAUUCUAUCGUACGCGUGUGGGUGAUCGUUUCUUCUACGAGAAUGGAGAUAAAUAUGCCGGUUUUACACCAGAUCAAUUGGCGGAAAUACGCAAAGCAAGUAUGGCGCGAUUGUUGUGCGACAACGGUAACAGCAUCGAAUCCAUGCAACCCAAGGCUUUCUUACAAGUUUCGAAUUCGAAUCCGGUUGUCUCAUGUUCUAAUAUCCGAGAAGUCGAUUUGAGCAAAUGGAUCGAUCAAAAAGUAUAUUUAACAGCGGCCCCCUUACAUUACGGCAAAUAAUGGUUGGAAAUAUGAAUAAAAACUUGUUGAAAAUUGAUGUGACGAAUCGUGUUUUUGUGAAUUAAAUCAUGCGCUUUCAAGUGUAUAUAAAUGUAUAUAUGUAUUUACCUAGUUUUUAUUUAAAUAUUUUUAAUAAAGUCUAUUUUAGUCACAAAGAAAAGCUCGUUAAAACAAUAUAGCCGAAUAAAGCCAGACGACUUCAUCUAAUCCAAUUCUUUCCCGAUCUUUGUCAUAAAGUCCAGUAAAGACUUUCUUUUCAUGAGAACCUUUAUAUGAGGCGAUACGGAAUUUGAUACAAAUUUGGCCAAAUUCGAUACAAUAAAUUUAUGUCUUAAGUCGUUAAUUUUGAUCAAUUUUUAUCAUCAAAUACUAAAAAUGUAAACUAUUUGCCAUAGGAAGACUCGAGGCAAAGAAAUUUUGAUUAAAUCUGCUGACAGUUACUCAGCCGACCGACACUAUCUUCUAUCCAAAUCCCAAUGAAUCAAGAGUUUAUCUAUUUUGAUUGUUAAUAAAUAUAAACUCACGUAAAUCCUAUCGACACGGAUUCAGUCCAAUUUCUAAUCGAAGAAUAAUAACUCUUCAUUAUGUUCACAGUUAUGGAAAUAGCAGAUUUGAUUCAGUUUAUAAAAUGUGCAUAUUUCGAUUAAAAAUUUAUUU